UCAUUUAAUUUCGAAAUGUUCCCUUUUGCAUGUAUACGUACUUCUAAUCGACGGUAUAUAAAUAAUCAACAAACAUCUAGGACCCCACUGACAGCGCAAGGUUUUGGAAGGCAGUGCAAAAACUCUAGUUCUACGCCCAGAAUGUCAUCCCUGUUACUUGUUGUGACGAUUGUUCUAAUGAUAACACCGGCCUCAUGGGCAAAUUCAUCUGGUCGUGAAUUCAUGUUCGGAAUCCCAGAAACAUAUGAUAGCUCGCCCGAUUAUAUCAAGUUGUUCAUUGCAAGCAAGUAUGUCUCCAAAGUCUACAUCACAGCGCCCGGAAUCAGUUUCAACCAAACUAUAACAACACUUGCUAACACGUCCACCGCAGUAACUAUUCCCAUCAGCAUUGUAGCUAGAACUAUUGGUUUGUCCAACAAAGCUGUGUACAUUGAGUCGGAUCAAACCAUAUCCGUCUACGUCAUGGUUAGGGAUGAGAAUACCUCAGACGGUUUCCUUCUUUUACCAAUCUCUGCAGACUCACGCGAUUAUUUUGUGGCAUCAUACGAACCAGUUGAGCAUGCAAGUGAAUUCAUAAUAACUGCAUAUGAAGACAAAACAUUGAUUGACGUUCAACUGAAAACAUCUGCUGGACCUGUCACUAUCGGAGGACAAAGCUACAGCAGCGGACAAAAUGUUUCAUUUGUAAUGAGUAGAAUGCAAACGUACUUUGUUAAACACGAACAUGACUUGACAGGUACGCAUAUUACUAGUUCAAGACCUGUUUCGGUUGUAUCUGGUAAUAAAUGUGCAAACGUUCCUCACGAUAAAGGUGCCUGUGAUUAUUUAGCAGAGCAAUUGCUACCAGUAGCUUUCUGGCAACGUGAAUAUGUGUGUGCCAAACUGAAAACUAGAGGAAACAACAGACUGCGCAUUUUAGCGUCUGUCGAUGGAACAACUGUAAAUAUUGGAGGAACCCACAUAAAAUUAAAUAAAGGGGAAUUUUAUGAAUAUGUAAAUUCAAGUGACGUUGCCACAUCAGUUAAAUCAAAUUUUCCAGUUUUAGUGUUACAAUUUUCCGAAGGGACGCUCGUUGAUUCCGUAUUAGGAGAUCCCAGCAUGAUAACGAUUCCUUCUACAAACAGUCAAGAAUCAGAAUAUUUCUAUGAAACUCCAUUUUCUAUUGAUAACCACUACGUAUCAAUAACAAUUCAUACAGACCAGGCAAAAGGAUUGCGUAUUGAUGGUUCAGCCAUUAGCCGUUCCGAUGAACUCAAAACAACAAUAAACACUAUUGAGUUCAGUAUCAUACGACUGUCUGUUAACCCGGGGAAGCACCAUCUAUUCCAUGUGGACCAAAGCGUCACUUUUGGUGUGAUCGUUUACGGGUUUAAGAAAGACGAAUCAUACGGGUUUCCGCUUGGACUAUCCACAAAUGACGACCACUCACUUUCGGAACUGUUCAAUUCAUCGUGCUCAUCCACCUCAUGGCAUAUUGACAUCGACAUGGAUAAAUUGAGACACAGAAACCCAGGGUCGGUUGCAACGGACAUAUAUUUUGGCGUAAACUCAUGUACUGGACAUAAGAUUGGCAACCACUUAAUCUUCGAUUAUGACAUCGAAACCUGCUUGACAAGCACCCAGACAAAUGGCAGCGAGAUUGUUUACACAAACCAAUUGGUUUACGCCUACCAUGACCCGAACCACAAUUUCAUCAUACAUAGCAUCAACUGGACGCAGGGCAUAAGCUGUCACAUUCAGUGGAAUGAAUCCGAUCACAGUUAUGUGACCUACAACCAACCAACAGGCGGCAAUAAUGGCUCAACAAAUUCGACCACAUCAAUCCAGACGCAGUUUUUCAUCGAUCCUAAUUUUCAACAGGAAAUAACUGGAAAUCCACUAAAUGCGACCACAGGCGCUAAAGUGUUCGUCAAGACUUUUGUUCAAAACGUUGAUUGGACGGUGAAAAUGAAGCUGCAUUCUUGUUAUGCGGAACCGAACCAAAACGGUCAUGGUGCGAGAUACUUCCUUAUCAAUAACGGUUGCGAAAUGGACGCCAACACCCACUUCCUGUCACAGACGGACCACGAGACACGUUUCGAGUUCCAAGCGUUCCCGAUGACCGGACCUGACCAGAGACUCUACAUCAAGUGUGAUGCAACUCUGUGUGACACUGCAGACGUGAUGUCAUCACAUCGGUGUGACCAGAGACCGAACUGCGCAUAACAAUGAUCUAAUAUGAUGACGACAAUCAAACACAUAUUGCAGGGGCUUUUGGUAAUACAUGUAUCAAAAGAAGAUUAAAAAGAAUAUUCCCAUA